AUGUCUGGCUACGGUGGCUACGAUGGCGGAUACGGACAGCAAGGAGGCCAUCAACAACAAGGUGGUUAUGGACAACAAGGCGGCUAUGGACAAAACGACUACAAUGGCGGCGGUGGACAUCAGCAGCCUCCUCACCACCAACAACAACCACACCAUGGUGAAGCCAGCCAAUAUUAUGGUGGUCAAGGAGGUCCUCAAGGCUUUGGUCAGCAAGGCGGCUAUGAUGCAGCACCUCCUCAGUACCAGCAGCUCCCCUCUGCCGCAGCCCACUCAUCCAAUUCGGGUCGCAACUCAAUGAACCAAGGCUACCAGAACCAAUACAGCGGUGAGGGUGACCCCGAGGGUGACCGAGGCAUCAUGGGUGGUAUCGCUGGUGCAGCAGCAGGAGGCUAUGGCGGCCACGCUCUAGGUGGUAAAGCCGGCCACGGCGUAGCAGGCACCGUAAUCGGAGCUCUCGCCGGAGCAUUCGCAGGACACAAAGGCCAAGAUGCCGUAGAAGACAAGUGGCAUGAGCAUAAAGAAGAGAAGAAAGAAGAGGAAGACCGUAAGCGAUAUGAAGAAGAGGAAGAGCGACGACGAAAAUACGGACAACAGCAUGGUGGCCCUCCCCCAAUGCAACACCACCAAGAUUCCAGCAACCGUUCGCACGACCAGCGCUCCCCAGGCGACUUUGGCGGAAACUUCACUGCCUCGUCUCGCGACAUCAGGCUUGAUGCCCACGGCGAGUAUACACUCCACGCCCAAUGCCGUCGCGCAGACGGUUCCUACCAAUCCUCCUCCAUCUCGCUCAACCGCAUUCUCGAAAACGACGGUGGAAGUUUCCGUUGGUCAGGAUCCAACAAUGGCGGUGGCGGCGGUGAAAACACUUACACCGUUCAACAAGGCGAUACUCUCCGUGCCAUUGCCUCCCGCUUCAGCCACUGCUCCUAUGAAGACCUCGCUCGCCACAACAACAUCGCCAACGCAGACCAAAUCUGGCCUGGCCAGAACCUACGCAUUCCGGGUGGAAACAGUAGUCGUGGGGGUGGUGGCUUUGGCAGCUCUGCUCGCAACAUGACGUUGAGGGAUGGCGGGCAGAGGUUGGAGGGUGAACUGGAACAUCAUGGAUCGUGGCACAGGAGGGAGAUUAACUUGGAUGAGAGGAUCAGCAACCGGGAUGGUGCUUUGGAGUUUGUUUAG